CGAGUAUCUUUCUGCGGGCAAACGUCUGGUCACAGGCAACAGAUCGGUACUACAGUCACGAUACGCCAAUUGUUCCAGAAUAUCCCCAUCAGAAGAAAAACGGGAAGCCUGGCUGCACAAAGGCAAACAUUACUUAGGAUCAUGGAACGAAGCGCUAUCGGCAGCCCCAGAGUCGGAAUGACAUUGUUCGUAAAGUCGAACAAUCGAAUCGAGGCGUCCAGUCUAGAAGAUUCGUCGUACGAGACGGUCUUCCGGCACAGAAGUCAGCGAGACGACCAACAAGCUUAUCGCAAGCUGCUGAAUAUUCCGGACGAUCAUCAAAUUCUGAGUGUACGAGCUUCCGUUAAUUACGGAUCCGACAAGCAUUCUAUAAAGGUAGACGGUAUCCUCGGCGAUUUUGAUAAUCAUUCGCGGUCGCAACAGUACCUCUAUGUUAACGGAUUCCAUCUCGAACGGUGUGAACUCCACGAGACUAUCGAAGACGCAUUCCGUGCUGAGCUUUCAGCUCGAGAUGACAUCGUUAAAGGAACUCAGCGACGUAAAAAUCCUGACGACGACCUACAAAUCACUGCAUAUCCUCUGUUCGUGAUCAAACUGAAGUUGGGUUCGGACCGGACCGACCUGUCUUAUCAGACGGACAAGAGCUCGCUUACGCUCCAGGAUUUAUUUGUUGUGAAAGAAGCCCUUAGCAGGGUCAUCCGAGGUCUCUUGGGGAGGUUCAACAAAGCCGACGGACGACCGCCUCAUCUAGAUUCUAAGCCUACUAUUCCGGAGCGACAGUUACAAGAGAGCAUACACGGCUGCGAAGACGGGACUGUAAUUAUGCAGGAUCCGAUCCGAGAAGAUCUAGCCAGAACCUCUAGGAUGCCUUGCGCCGAGAUGGGUUAUCAAGCCGGUUCCGAUAGAGCUUUGUCGGUUCCAAACAGCCAGUCACGACACCUCAAAUUGUCGAGCAUAGACGACCAUAGGAAGGGCGCCGUGAUCGAACUCUCGACUCUGGCUACGCAUAGCGUCCCUCACCAGCCAGUGGGUCUAUCGCCCCGGUCACCCGUAUGA